GAACACCGAUGUGAGAUCAGGCUGAUUAAUCGAGCCCAGAUCAAAGCAGUGCAGUUUUAAUGAUGGCGUUCAGACGAGUUUUGCAUUUUGUGUUUAAAGUAGGAGACAGAAGCAAGACAGCUGUGUUUUACAGGGAUGUCCUUGGUAUGAAGAUUUUACGCCAUGAGGAGUUUGAAGAAGGCUGUAAGGCAUCGUGUAAUGGACCUUAUGAUGGAAAGUGGAGUAAAACCAUGGUGGGUUUUGGUCCAGAGGAUGAUCACUUUGUAGCAGAGUUGACAUAUAAUUAUGGAGUCGGACAAUACAAACUUGGCAAUGACUUUUUGGGUUUCACCAUACAGUCGAGUCAAGCUGUCAGUAAUGCCAAGAAGAUAGGCUGGCCUCUUACUGAGGUCGGAGAAGCGCUGUACGUGACAGAAGCACCUGGUGGAUAUCCGUUCUACCUGAUCGACAAAGAUCAGCCAGACUCUGACCCGGUUCAGAAAAUCACCCUGGCCGUCUCUGACCUGCAGCGUUCUGUACAUUACUGGUCCUCGCUGCUGGGAAUGAAAGUGAUGGAAAAAAGUGAGGAGAAGAAAAGUGUACUGAUGGGAUUCUCAGAAAGUCAGUGCAAACUGGAGCUACAGGAUAUCAGAGCUCCUGUGGAUCAUGGAACCGCUUUUGGCAGGAUUGCGUUUUCUUGCCCACGAGAGCAGUUACCUGAAAUUGAAGCUCUGAUGAAAAAGGAAAAGCAGACGAUCCUGACGCCUCUCGUCAGCCUGGACACUCCGGGGAAGGCAACUGUAGAAGUGGUCAUUCUGGCUGAUCCUGACGGACAUGAGAUCUGCUUUGUGGGAGAUGAAGCUUUCCGCCAGCUGUCUGCCUUUGACCCCAGUGGAAAUGAAUUGCUCAAUCAGGCCAUGGCUGCUGAUAAGAGCGACGAAUGGUUUGCAAAACACAAAAAGCAGAAAGCGUCAGCAUGAGUCUUUUAAUCUCUGCAGAAAAGUCAAAAUAGCAAAUUGAUUGUUUAUUUCUCCAUUUGAAAUUGUUAUCAGAAUUAAUAUCUGUUUGUCUGGGUUUAUGUGCUUGUGUUGAUCGGAAGUUCCAUGCGUCACAUAGAGAUUUAUGUUUGAUUUGUAUUUGUUUAUAAAAUUAUUCUGGAAAGAUUAAAAAUAUAAAGUGCUAAAAUCUCAAAGCUCUUGAGUUUUGCUAGUUUAGCAAAGCAUUAAGAAUAACGCUUGUUCCUCUGGCUUUAAUAAAUUUUGGACCUUGAUUUAAAAA